AACACGAAGAAGAAAACUCACUCAACGAAAAUAAUUAGGCAAAAAUGGUCGAAACACUGUUUUUGCUUUUAAACCAUUCAAUCGCUUAUGGAAUUCUGACUUCAUUUAUGUCGCAGAAGUAAACUCAUCCAAAGUAACAUGUUCAGGGUGUUUACUCCACGACGUUAGCAUGCUAGCUUCUAACCGAGCGUCUCAUUUCCACUUUGCGGUAAAUUUAAACCGCUGGCGGAUAACAUGUCGGUUCGACGAGCUCUGGUGGAGUGUACCGUACUGUCUUUACAAGAUUCCUGCGUUUUUUAUCCAUGCUGUAAAGACUGCUUCUGCAGAAUGGAUGAGGAGCCCCAGGACACGACGAGAUCCAAAUGUUCCAAGUGUGCUUACAGCUGUGUGAGAGAUCAUCUGGAGCACAGAUACCGUCUUUCCCUGUUGGUGACAAGGGACAUGAGCAUAUUUGGAGUCACAGUGUUUGGCAGCUGCCUUAACCCCUUCUUUGGCAUGCCUGCUACUCAGUUUCAAAGGUUAUUGGAGAACUCUGAUGGGGCAUCUGAAAAAUCCCUCCGAUCCAAAUUCCUAGUGAGGGCCGUCGAGAAUUGUUUUGUCAGCAGACAUCUUGUCUUCGGAAUAAAGGUGACCGAUUCACAAAAUUGCCCAUGGUCAAGAGAUUAUAAUCCAGGUGCUUCUGCUAGCAAAGACAUGGCACAGUUUACUGCAACUCAGCUAAUAUUCCCGAAAGCAACAGGCCAGGAAGUCCGCUCUGUCCUCAGCUACUAUCAAGCUAUCCUUUGUAAAACAGAAGAACGUCGUCAGCUGGAAUCUGACGAGCUUCACGAAUCCAGGAGGAUCUUGACAACUCUGCCAUGGAUUCCUCAAAAUUCACCAGCCAGGAGCUUCAAUAACAUUACACUCUCACGACUCUUUCCCCACUCUUUGCAAAGAUCGCAGCACGACGAAGGCAGCCUCACUCCCACGCCGCCAUGGCAACAAUCACUGGGGCUUGUGACGUCAUCUGCCGAACAAGAGGAGGAAGAAAACCGUGCUGUUUGCGAUGAUAAUAAAUCCACCGACAAAGAGCAAAGGCGGAACACUUUCUUUGACACACCGCCAUUUUCUUUCUGCUCACCAGGUAGAAAUGUCAGGAGCGCAUCCAUCUUGAACCAUUUCAUUCCACGGGUGUCCACGUGUCAAGACUCCAAACAACCAGAUGAUUCGCUCGUCUCACGAUCUUUAGUGUGGGAGGAUUUUCCUUUUUCUGAGAGUCUGAGCGCAUUUUUGAAUGAGGAGGAUAAGUACAAUACAAACGAAUGCAUUCCUGCUAGUACCAGUAACAAAAAGGUGCCAGUAGGCAAGAAUUCAACAGAUGUCACAAUCACAAGUGUGCCAACUGAAGAAUGUGAAGAAGUCUAUAAUUGUUCUUUGGACCUGUUUGGCGUAAGCUCGACAAAUCCACAUGAUGACGACGUUAAGCGUCCGAGGCUUCAAAAGUGCAUCAAGAGAGUCAAUGAUCCUGACGUGCCUUCUUGUGACAUGAUAACUCACAGGGAUUAUCCGCAGUGUGACUUCAUUCCAUCCUGUCAGUCCACUCCCAUUUGUAGGACACGCCCUUCCUCCUCUUCACAUUCUUUGUCCACUACUAGACAUACUAGAAACACCUCUAAAAGACGAUUCAGGAAGCACCAUCUUGUGAUCCAGCGAAAUAUUCUGAUCGGGAAGACAACACCUGAACAUGAAUGGAGUUUUUGUGAUGUGCCUCUUAGCCAAUCAGAGGACAACUCUGUCAUUGUCCCUCCCAUUCCUGCUGAACUCAAGGUGGAAAUUGACCGCUCUAAAGAAAAAAUGCUGCCACAUUUAACACAAACAGAGCAGCGUGAUGUUUCUGAACCUGAUAGAAACACACUGUAUGAUCACACUAUAGAUGGCGUAACAGUGAAUGGAUCCUUAUUUAUGGACAAAGAAUGUGAUUGGUCCAGAGAUUUAUUCCUUUAGCAAUGGUCAGCAUCGUAUUGUGGAGCCUCUAAGCUUGUUUUAACUCUAGAAAAUCAAUGAAUAUUUAUUUAUAUGCACACUGCACUUUUCAUCCUAUAAAAAUGGCCAUGUUUUAAGUAGUAAACGUGUGUGAGUGAAAGGAGCGCAACACAACAUAAUUAAAUCGGCCUUAUUUUUUUGUAAAUUUUCCACAAGCUGCUGCUAAUUCAGCUGCAUGAAUGAAUCAUUUUCUUUAUUUCAUUCAUAUAGGACUUUCUUUAUUACAUUCAUAUAGGACAGAGGUCUCAAACUUGUUACCCACGGACCAAUUGUAGCCCACGGGACAAUUUUUUUGCAGCGGUAAUAAUUGCAAUAAUAUGCGGCCCACAUUUAAUAUCCAGAUGUAGUGUUAGUGUUUCCGGCACGUAUUUUGCGAUGGGCUAUAUGCAUAAAUCAUUUCAAAUAAAAUGAAGGAUCCAUUUGGGGGGUGGGGGGGGUCAAACAUUUAAAUAGUAAUACAUUAGCAUUUUUUCCCCAAUUUUUUUAAUUAAAAAAAGCCAUGAUCAAUGAAAAUAUAACUAAUGCUGAGUUAAAAAAAAAAAAACCAAAAACUUAACAUAAAUAAAUUAAUAAUACUGUAUUUUGAAAAAGAAGAAUAAAGACAAGUGUGAACUACCUCUGCAAAGUUGACUCCCCAUCAAAUGUAAAUUUAUAGAAAAUUUGUCAUUUGUUUGUGCUGCUAUCGUUUUUGAGAUGUUAAGUUAUUUUAUAGGUCAAUCUGUGGUCAACCAGCCCCCCAUUUUGAUUUCAAAUUGCUAAAAAUGGUGUUAGUGUUUGUACUUUUUUUUUUUAUUAUUAUUGUUAUUUUUAUUAUUAUACAUCCACAUAAACAGUACAACAUAAAUGGCAUGGUACAUUGUUGUCCAAUUUUAAACAUAACAGACAAGCCUAGGGAAUAAUCAUGAUUCGAACAUCAGAAAUUACAAUCACAUAAUAAAUGUAAUUAAAAAAAUCAAAUAAGUAGAGAGAAAACAUAUAUAUAUAUAUAAAUAUAUAUAUAUAUAAUACAUGUAUAUAAUACAUGUAUAUGGCGGAAAACACAGACAAGGCUGAAAAAGCGGUUUCUGCUCUUGCACCCUCUUUAAAAUAAACUAAUUUAAGACAAAAUAACUGUUGUUUGAUAGAACAACGUCUAUAUACUGCCAUCGCAGUUUCAUGGCACAUUAAGCCACCAAACUAUUUUUAAUUUCUCUGUUUUACCCCGGAGACCCCCUUUUACAGACAGCGCGCAACCACUUUUGUUUCAACGUUUAAAAGGGUAAAUAUUUGAAAAAGAAAAUCUCGACCACUCUAUUAUGUCUGCGAUUUCUGCAUUGCGAUCCUUGUUAUAUUACCGUGUUUCACACAUAAAAUCUCCCAAAAGUCCGGCUAUGGCCAUUCACUGCUGUGUAUUUAGACUCGGUGAGACAUGCUACACAGAAUUUUUGGUUCAAAACAAGGUAAGUACGCGAUAAUAUCAUUAAAAUCAUGGUGUCUUUAAUUAUGCUCUCAUGCUGUAAACUCAAUUUAGGGUUUAGGGGUUUAAUUUUUUUUUAUUUUUUAAAUGCCCUGUUUUUCAAAAAAAAAAUUCUUCCCCCAGAAAAUGGAUAUUUCAAGCUUUCCAAUGAAAACACAUGCAUAUAGGACAAUUUUGAAAUUUGGCCAAAUUCGAGGUCUGCGCAGAACUUUUCCGCCAUGUAUAAAUAAUACUAAUAAAAAAAUAAGGAGAAAUUUAGGGUCCAUCAGCUAAUUGAAGCUCCUCAACAAUGCUACACAGUUUGAAAGCAUUUUCCCCCCUUCAUAUAUUUCAAGGAAGAAAAAUAAUUACAUAGUUCUUUGUGAAAAAUAUUAAAAUUUGGAAUAGAUUUAUUCUUAUGUAUGAAAAAUUUACCAAGAAUUACAAUUGUAUUGAUGGCUAGGUCAUGCGAUGAAUCUAACACAGAGAUUCCAUAUAAAACAUUCUUUUGUGACGCUAGAGAGAUUGGACAAUUUAGUAAAUAACCUGUCAUACAAAUCUUCCCUAAAAGCAUUCACAAGUUAACAUUAAAAAAAUAAAUGGUCAGUCGUUUCAAUGUCUUCAUCACAAAAAAUACAGUUGUUGUGGUCCAAAUUAAGAAUUCUGACACACUGUUAACUAUUUUAUAAUGAACUUCCUUUGCUUUUGGUGAAAUUGGGAACUGAAAGAAUUUCAAUCUCAUAAUUUUAAAAUCUUUCUUUGAAAAAAAAUUGCAUAACUGUAAUAGUAAUUGUAAUAAUUGUAAUAGUUUUCUCUUUGCAGAAAACGAGUACAUUUCGUCCACAAAAAUUUGUCGAAUUUUGACAUUGAGUCAAUUAGAAUCAUUGAUAUUGUGACCAUUUAACAAAAACAAAGGAAGUGUUGAUCCCAGCUUCAUUUGAAACAAAUUAUGACAUUUUAAUAUUCGACUGGGGUAUUGGUUUAAUAAGAUUUCCAUACUGCUUUUUGUCAAUCCAAUUAUAUUUGGAACAGAGGCUUUCAAAAGAUGCAACGUUUCCAGAAUCAUCCAAGAGGUGCAUUAUGGACCAAAUUUCUCUCUCUAUCCAUUUUUGAUAAAGCAAUGAUUUAUUUUUUUAACAGAAUAUAUCAAUAGUCCCAUAAUGGGGUAGUGUGGGGACUGAAAUUGUGUUUAUAGACCAUUCUCUAAUAAUGAAGAACCUGUUGAUUGUACAUACAGUCAUGUGAAAAAAUUAGAACACCCGAUGGAAGCCUGUGUGUUUUCUAACAUAUUUGGUCAUAUGGAUAUUUAAUAUCAAUUUUAACAAUCUUGAGAGAUUCAAGUAAUAGAACUAAACAAUUAAACAAAACGUUAUUUUCUGUAAAAUGAAAUUUUAAAUAAAUGCAAUUUCUGUUGAGGAAUAAAAUACGACACCCCCACAUUCAGUCGCACUUAAAAUGGCUAAAAUCCCACACGGGUGUCACAUAAGGUGCACAUGAUUAGAGCAUCAUUAGCCAGUGUUUUGAAAGAGGCUUGCCAUAUUUAAACCUCACAUCUAGUUUGGUGUGCCCCUGACUGUUGAAGUGAGAGAAAACACCAUGUUGAGCUCAAAGGAGCUGUCUGAAGCCUUCAGAAAGAAUAUUGUAUACGCUUAUGAGUCUGGUAAGGGAUUUCAAAAGAAUAAGAAUAUGUAUACUAUAUACUGUGUAAUCAUCUUCUUGGCUUUCUCC